CGCAACUCGCGAGUUCGGCGCCUGUUCAUAUAUUUUAUUCACUGUUUGGUUGCCACAGCAACUCGGCGCGAACGUCGUCGCUCUUGGAAAAUUUGGCAGUCGGCACAGAGCGGGUCACGCCGCCAUGCCCCAGUCCCGCUAACCCCGACUUUUCCACCUCCUCUCCAGCUUCCUCGACUUCUCGGAGUGAUGCGGUUCGAGCUGAGCAUAUCGCCGAAAAUGAAAGCCAAGAAAAGCAGCGAGUCGUCGAGCGACGUCGCCCAGCUCGAGCAGAAACUCAACGACAUCUCUCUUGAGUGCGGCCCGAAAAAUAAAAACGAUUUCCAGCCAAACGAUCUGGACGUUUGCAAAAACGAUAGUGAUGAGAAAGUUGUUGUUGUGAAAAAAGAGGAAGAUGAUCAAGUGGACGAGGCAGCAGACGCUCUCAACGAUCUCUCCAUCCAGGUCAAGACGGAGGAAGAUGUUGAGGAAGAAGAGGAUGAGAGGAUCGAACGGGGGCCGGUGAAAAGCCUUUCGUACAUCCGAGACGCCCGCGACACGGCCAUACCUUACGUCAACAAGCAAUUAACGGCUGGGUGCACCGUCAAAGUUAACGAUUACCAACAGUCCACACAGCAGUUGUCAGCAGGAGGUUCAGUUGAAAUCAUCGAUGGUUUUUCACAGGAACUUUACGAAAUGUACCACUUCCUAACAAGCGACCAGUGUGCACCAAUUGUCAUCCAGAGCGUCCAGCAGACGCUGGGCGUUGGCGAAGUAGAAGUGGAGCCUGUGUUGCCCAAAUACACCAUGCCGGACACUCCACCACCGUCGAGCAGCUCCUCGUACACGAGAACGACCAGCCCUGCAAUCCUCUCGCCAAUCUCCUCUGGCUACGAGUCGGGAACUUCUUCACCGUCCCACUCGCCCCCCAGGGGUGAGGAGCCCCUCCUGCCCGAACCCAUCCAGCAAAUCAACAACCGCAAGCAGAGCUACAGACCCAUUUUGCCCAGGGUCGAACUCAACGCGAGUCUCGCUUUCCAAAACAAGUUCUACAAGUACAUCCAAAGCUUCGGAAAGGAAGACGCUGCAAAUAUUUUCGACAAGACGCACCGCAUGUACUUCCUGAACGACCUCAAGAACUUGACCAAACCUCUGAAGGACGGAGACACAAUGCUGAUGAUUUUCAUCGCCAAUCCCAGCUCGGCCCGGCAAAUUGCUGAGAACCUGAAUUACAAUUCCCUGCAAGAGAAGCUUUUCAGAUUGUGCAGCAUUUUCCACCUUGUUGAGCGAUUCCACCGCGAAUGCCCACAGGCGCUCGAAGCAAAAAAUUCGCUAAACCAGUCUGUACUCCACCUGGCCGCGAGUAAUUGCUACGACCACCCCUUGGUUGCUCCGUAUGUAGCUGAAAAGCUGCAGCUCCAUGGCUACGACUUCAAGCAGUACUGCACAGCCAUGCACUGCAAAAUGAUCGGCGGUGGAAAUUUGUUGCACUGCAUCGCGCAAAACGGCGACACGCACGCCGAAGUGCUCAACAACCUUUUGCAAGUCGAGAAACUGAGGGAGCUUAAAGAUUCACCGUGCCACCUCUCCGACUACCUAGUGCACACGCCCUUGCAUGUUGCCAUCAAGGCGCAGAACUCGGACGAGACCAACACCAUCAAGUCUGUAAAGACCGUCAAGUACCUAAUUGACCACAACGUCAUCCUCACCAAAAAAGUGUGCAAUUUCAUGAUGAAUUCAGCCCUACACAACGCCCUUCAGGGCCGUCCAAGCUACGAGCUUGUAGAGCUGAUUCUGAACCACAGCCGAGACGAGGUCAAUGUUUUGGGCUUGAAUGAUAUGCAUCCCCUGAUGAUUCUGGCCAAAGCCAGCAGUCAGCUGAAGGAGGAGGAAACCCUGAGGAUCCUCAAGCUUUUACUCAACAAGGGAGCGACCUUAAAGAAAGUCCCCGCAAGCCAGCAUGCGGAACUCUUCAAUGAAUUCAGCAAGAACUUGUCAUUACCCACGUCUUUGGACGUUGAAGUCAUGUUGAGGCCGUGAGUGACGUCUGGAGCAAAAACAGCCAUUUAUGUGUGUUUAGUAGGAGACAAUUUGAAUUUUUACUGUGCAAUUUGUUCGGUGAAUUUGAUUAAGACAUCUUUCUUAAGUGUGUAAGCUGAUGUGUUAUCAAUGUGACUUCAAACCUGCUCAAAAAUUAGCACAAGUGGUGUUAAAACAUAGCUUAAAAUUGAGACACUAUUUUUUUCAUAUUGAAAUCCUUUGUUGUUUGGCAUGACGCUUUUCGGAUUUGAAUUUUAAGUUGUGCUUAAUUUUUGCCGGACAUCCCUUUUGUAGUGAGGACUAGAUGACAUUUGUACAAAUCUCCUUAAUUUUUUAAGUUUUUAAUCAAAAUAUAUUUCUUACUAAGAGUAGCUUAUAUUUAGCAUUACAUUUAGGGAUAAUACUUUAAGGCAUUUAAUUUUAAUUAAAUUUCAUUGUAACUGAAUCAUGCUUUAAAUUCAAUUUUACAACAAGUUGUUAUCUAGAAAAAAAUAUGUUGCAUGUUGAAAGUAAGGAAAUUUUAUCUUGUUGGGAAAAAAACUGUUUAAAAGUGUUUUUAAAUGAAAAAAAGCUACUGUGAAUUGUGAAAUUAUUGCCUUUUGAAGAGCAGUGUGUUUAAAUAAUGUGUCUUGUUGUCUUUAAAUAGAAACAUUUGUCAUUUACAACAGAUGGCAUAAUAUUAUGAGAGAAAAAUUUGAAAGUUUUUCAAAAACUAUUUUGGAAUCUGGAUUUUAUUGUGGGAUCAAAUGUGAUUCUUGCAAGUGGUCAAAUUAUAGGGAACUUAUAACAUAAACAAGAAGUCUUAUAAUAUAAAAUAGUAAUCAAUAGUAGAUUUCUGCUUUACUUGACCUUGCCAGAAAAAUAAAUAGAUCAGAUGUAGACCUAGCAGUUAAGUGCGCUACAAAAUUACUUAAAAAUACAAAUUAAGUUUCAAAAUCACGAUUAAAUCAUACAGCCGAGAUUCACAAGAAAAAUGUGUAAAAAUUAAAUAAAUGUUGUACCUGGAAUAACUUAAAAUUGAAAUAAAUCUUUGGAGGAAAUUUUUAUUGUUAACGCCACAGCAGGCAAUGAAAUUAA